GGGGGAGCGAGGGGGCUCGCAGGUCGCUGUUGCGGGCUCGCAGCUGCUGCCGCCUCAGGGACAGGGAGGGGCUCAUUACUCGUCGCAGCAGUUAUUACUGCUGCUGCUGCUGCAAUGGAGAGGAUGCAGCAGCUGCAAGGGCCCAUCGCCUCCUCGCUGGUAAGUUCCCCUAGACCCAGCUGCUUCCUCCUCGCUAGUAAUGGAGCGAGCAGCUUCCAAUUCCAGCACCAGCUUGCAUUGCAUGUGUCGACGAUGCAAGCAAUGCAAUGGACAAUUGCAUGCUUCCUUUCCCUUCCCUGCCCUUUGCUCCUUCCCUAAUGUCGCAGUAGCAGCUCGCUCUGCCGGCGACCCGGCGCGCACGCACGCACCAUUCAAUGCGCGCCACUCUUUACUACUGUGCCUUCCUAGGAGAAGUAGAGGAGGCGGCGACCCUUAAAACCUCUUUUAUGGGAAGCGCUGCCGCGCUGUACUUGCUGCUGUUCGCGCUCCUCGCUUGCCUUGCUCACUGAUGUGCCUCUCUACUUGCUCUGCUGCCGGUCCCUGCGCGGCUGGCGAUGGCGUGGCGACCGCGGCGCUAAUGGAACAGUGGGCGGCGGACCAGCAGGCGGCGCCCAGCACCAGCGCCGCCGUGGCCGCGGCCGCGCACAUGCCCUUCCUGGCGCUGCUCCAGGGCCCGGGCGUCGUGGUGGAGGACGGGCAGCAAGGGCGCAAGAGGACCGCCGCCUUCGCGCUCGCCACCGACCUCGACCUGCUCGAGAGCUGCGUCACGCAGGCGGCGGCGGGUGACCCUGUGGAGUUCCCCCCGGCGACCAGGGCGGAGAGGCGGAGGAAGCGGCCCAGGCCGAGGACGCGCGCCGCGCCGCCGCCGGAGAAGCGCAGGAAGCCGGAGGAGGCCGAGAGCCAGCGGAUGACGCACAUCGCCGUCGAGCGCAACCGGCGCCGCCUCAUGAACGACCACCUCGCCUCGCUCCGCUCGCUCAUCCCAUCCAGCUACAUCCCCCGCGGCGACCAGGCGACUGUGGUGGGCGGCGCGAUCGACUACGUGAAGCAGCUCGAGCAGCAGCUGGUGGCGCUGCAGGCGGCCGCGGCCGCGCGCCGCGGGGCCGCCGGCGCGGUGGGCACGGCGGCGACCGCCGCGGCGGACGGCGUGUUCGUGUCCCCGCAGUACGCGAGCUACUCGGAGGCGCGCGGCUGCUGCGGCGGCGUGGACGUGGAGGCGAUGGCCGCGGUGGGCGGGCACGUGCGCGUGCGCGUCGCGGGGCGGCGGUGGCCCGGGCGGCUCGUGCGCGCCGUCGCCGCGCUGGAGGACCUCCGGCUCGCGGUCUUGCACCUCGCCGUCACCUCCGUCGGCCAGGACGCCGUCGUGUACUGCUUCAACCUUAAGAUGGAGGACGGGUGCGAGGUGGCGACGGCCGACGAGGUGGCGGCGGUGGUGCACCAGAUCUUCGCCUACGCCGGCGGCACAUGCUGCUGACGACGCCGGCCGGCGGCAGCGGGACGGAGGAGACGAUAAGUCAAGAUCGCCAGAGCGCUGCAUGUAUGUACACGACGUCCGCGGCCGCAGAGGAGACGACGACGUUGGCAUAUGCGUGGAGACCGAGCAGCUCUGGGUGCAGGGCGCCCAUGGCAACGGCCAGCUGCACUGCAUGCGGUGGUGGUCCAUGCUGCCAUGACUGUUGUUUACUUGGCUGCCACGACCAGCACAGCAGAAAACUGCACAACAGUGUUGGAGUGGCAGGGCUAGCUGGCCGGCUUCGGAGAGCUUGCGUUGCAGAUUUGCAUUUGCAGCGAGUGAUCCAUGCAUUGCAUAUUUGCAUCCUUCCGUGUGUGUGUACGCUGUACAAAAGUCACGCACAAUGUUUUACUAGCGAUUUUUACGCAACUGAUGGUGUUCCAUACUUCCAUGUGCUUGCCAUACGCACUGUAUUGUAUUGUAUUGUAUUGUGGGUGCA